AUGAGAAACGAAGUGAUUCCAAGCGGUUUCGGUUGGCUCGAGGAGGAGGGUGACGCUUUGAUCACGUUGCAAAGUGGACAUCUUAAAAUACCGAUAGCAACGCUUCGACCCAAUUGGGUAAUGAUCUGCUCCGUCGAAAUCUACGCCUUUGCCUUCGGCCAUGUGAAAAUCCCUGAACGAUCUCUCAGGCUGGCUGACACACUUCGUUUAACAGCUUUGCAGACAACUAAACCCUGCGAGAACCCGAACGAUUUCCGGGCGGAGCAAUGCGCCGUGUUCGACGACGUGCCGUACAGUGGCCAACUGUUAAAAUGGUAUCCACAUUACGAUCCGACCAGGCCGUGUGCUUUGAUCUGUCGUGGCGAACAAUCGCUGGAAAACACCGGCAGUCGGCUGAGACAGGAAACGUCCGUUGAAAAGACGCUUCCGCAUGAUGCCACCGACGCUUUGCAGCUCGACAGCGAAGAAACGAUCGUAGUCCAGCUCGCUGACAAGGUGGAGGAUGGCACCAAGUGUUACGCGGACAACAUGGACGUUUGCAUCGGUGGCGAAUGUAUGGUGAGUGAUUAGAAUCUUCUCUUUAUAUUCAUUUAUAAUCAUCUCUUUAUAUUCUUUAUACUCAUCUAAUAAUAUAUAUUUAUAUAAUAUUAUAUUACAUCAAAAUUAAUAUUAAAUUACUUUAUAUUUAUACUGUAAUACGUUUAAAUAUGAUAUACAUUAUGUAUAUUUCGUUUAAUAAUCAUAGAUGCAAAAUGUUCUUCAUAAUUGCAAAAUUCAAUCUGUUGUCUGUCAAUUUUGUUUAAACAUCGUUUCAUUAUUUAAAUUAUUUUAUACAUUGAGCAAAUUCAUAUAUUUUUGAGAUUAAUUUAAAAAGCGUUUCACCCAUCAAAUAUUAUAACAAAUACUUCGGACAGCUCAUACAUUUUUGUGCGUUGUGUGCAUUUUUAAACCCUCAAAUCCGCAGUCUAAUCGUAAUGUUAUAUAGCAUUCGUUUAUUACAAUGUUUUAUAGAUUUAUUAGCUAUGGUUCGUGAAUGGGGAGUUGCGGAUUUUAGAGAUAGAUUUUACAAACGAGUCCUCUAUUCAUUCCGUGUAUAAUACCAUAUUAUAAUAUUGGAAAAAGUAAGAGAGACAUCAUUAUACAGUGAAAUAUGACGGAGGGACAAAUCGUUUGUUUUUUCCAAGUCAUAGUUACGUCUGUUCGAGAAAGAAACGCGUCAGCUGUAGCCCGUUAAUUUCACUCUGCAAAGCGGAGAGGGCAGAGUUUCGUUCAGUUAGAAUCCAAUUUGAUAAGUGAGCCGUGGUUCAUUCGAUUCGAAGGAAGUUGGCGCCAGCGUGAACCGGAAACGUUUAUCUCCCGGGGGGAGAGCAAUUUUUGCGCCGGUGUCAGUAUCCCUUCCGGUGAGCCAUAUUUUGUACUUUGCACGAAAGUUCGCGAGUUCGGCCUGCCAAACCGCACUCCAUCCAAUCUUGUGUUUUACGCACGCCCGAGUACGAUUUCUGGCUGGCGUUUAAUCGAGCAUAGUGCAACGCGGCUCGCGAGAGUGUGCAACCGGCACAAAUUCAAUUACACGAAUUAAUUGAAAAAUAUCUUGAAGAAGGGUUGAGAAACGGCAGCAGCCAACGAGCGGUAAAAAGGAAACGAGAAAACAAUCAGCAUUUGGAUCAACUAGCUAG